UGUGUCGGCAGUGGGGUCCGCAGAGGUUGGAAGCCCCUCCUCGAGCGGGCCCUUACUUUCCUUUCCGCUCUGCCGCCGCAGCGCCCAGCGCUCACGUCCUCACUUUGCCUCCUGGAUUCUCUCAGUCUUUCUGCUUCGCUGAGGGGCCUGUGAUCCGAUUCAAUCUAUGAACAGCUGUUUAGGAAGAUCUUUCUAUGUGUGUAAGGAAGGCUCUGGGCUGGGGGAUUCAGGGAUGAAAGGGUCCCAGCCCUCGCCCCGAGAGAGGAGGUAGGCGCUUCGCCUGCAUCGUAAACUGGACCUCCUCCUCAUGCCUUAAUUUAUCCUGUUUAAUUUACGAAUUCUCCCCCCGGUUCGCACCGACCACGCGCCCGCUGCAUUCCCCCCGAGGUUCCCCACGGUCGGGAGGCUUCGGCCAGGCUCCGGCUCUGCACGGUCGGGCAGCGGCGGUGGGGAGAACGCCGCCCCGGACAUCAGGCAUCAGGGGACGGGCACGAAGGUGGGCGCUACCGCUCCCGGGCCGGCUGCCUGGGCAGGGCACCUCUCCCUUCCCGGUGUCCGCUUCCUCGUGUCUUAACCGGGGUGCGGCACGCUGUCCUCCGAAUUUCCCUCCGGAGCUCUCCUCUCUUGCUGCCAGUGUCCGCGCCCCCAGCCCGGCGCCUCCUCAUCCCCUGCCCUCUGCCCACCUCUCCGGCGACCCGACACCUCAGGGCAGAGUUCCGGUUCGGCCCUGGCCGGUGCCCCCGAUUUAGGAAAAGGCCAGGGGGGCGGGAGGGCGCGAGUUUGCAGCGGGGAGGGAGGGGGAGGCGGAGGGAGGUGGCCUCUGAUUGGUCGGGGAGGGGGAGUGGAGGCACGGAGUUUCCCACAAUGCCCCGGUGCGGGGCCGCCGCGGAUGGAUGCUGCGGGAAGGGGCUGCCAUUUGCCGCCCCUGCGAGCGGCGCGCAGACCUGUUCGCCCUCCGGCGGUGGCGGCUGCCGUCAGCGCUGUUCGUCUGUCCGACUUCUGCAGCGGCGCCGCCUCGGCUCCCUCCGCGGCCGCCGGAGCGGUCGCCAUGAACCCCAGCUCCUCGGCGGCAGAGGAGAAGGGGGCAACGGGCGGCAGCAGCAGCAGCGGAAGCGGCGCCGGGAGCUGCUGCCUGGGCGCCGAGGGCGGUGCGGACCCGAGGGGCGCGGGGGAAGCGGCGGCGGCUGGGGCCGCUGCCCUGGAAGAGCCCGGGGCCGCCGGCCCGAACGAGAAGGACGAGGCGCUGGAGGAGAAGCUGCGGAACUUAACUUUCCGGAAGCAGGUCUCGUACAGGAAAGCAAUCUCCCGGGCGGGCCUGCAGCACCUGGCUCCUGCACACCCCCUCAGCCUUCCUGUGGCAAACGGGCCAGCGAAGGAGCCCAGAGCGACUCUGGACUGGAGUGAAAAUGCCGUGAAUGGAGAGCACCUGUGGCUGGAGACCAACGUCUCGGGAGACCUGUGCUACCUGGGGGAGGAGAACUGCCAAGUCAGAUUUGCAAAAUCAGCUCUCAGGAGGAAGUGUGCGGUCUGUAAGAUCGUCGUCCACACCGCCUGCAUCGAACAGCUAGAAAAGAUUAAUUUCAGAUGUAAACCAACAUUUCGAGAAGGGGGCUCAAGAUCACCGAGAGAAAAUUUUGUGCGUCAUCACUGGGUACACAGGCGUCGGCAGGAGGGAAAAUGUAAGCAGUGUGGUAAGGGCUUCCAGCAGAAAUUCUCCUUCCACAGUAAAGAGAUUGUGGCUAUCAGCUGUUCCUGGUGCAAGCAGGCGUUUCACAAUAAAGUGACCUGCUUCAUGCUGCAUCAGAUUGAGGAACCCUGCUCCCUGGGGGCUCACGCCGCCGUUAUUGUCCCGCCCACCUGGAUCAUUAAGGUGAAGAAACCUCAGAACUCGCUGAAGGCUUCAAAUCGGAAGAAGAAGAGAACAAGCUUUAAAAGAAAAGCCAGUAAAAGAGGAACUGAAGAAAACAAAGGUCGUCCUUUUGUGAUAAAACCUAUCUCUUCUCCUCUCAUGAAACCCUUGCUUGUGUUUGUGAACCCCAAGAGUGGAGGCAACCAGGGAACCAAAGUCCUGCAGAUGUUCAUGUGGUACCUGAAUCCACGGCAAGUCUUUGAUCUUUCUCAGGAAGGGCCAAAAGAUGCGCUUGAAUUAUAUAGGAAAGUACCAAAUCUGCGGAUUCUGGCCUGUGGUGGGGAUGGAACGGUGGGCUGGAUCCUUUCCAUUCUGGAUGAACUGCAGCUGAGCCCUCAGCCUCCGGUUGGGGUCCUUCCUCUGGGGACUGGGAACGACCUGGCUCGAACUCUCAACUGGGGAGGGGGCUACACUGAUGAACCUGUUUCUAAGAUCCUUUGCCAAGUAGAAGAUGGGACAAUUGUACAGCUAGAUCGCUGGAACCUCCAUGUGGAAAGAAACCCAGACUUGCCUCCAGAAGAACUUGAAGAUGGCGUGUGUAAGCUUCCUCUGAAUGUUUUCAAUAAUUACUUCAGCCUCGGAUUUGAUGCCCAUGUCACGCUGGAGUUCCAUGAAUCCAGAGAAGCAAAUCCAGAGAAAUUCAACAGUCGUUUUCGAAAUAAAAUGUUCUAUGCAGGGGCAGCUUUUUCUGAUUUCCUACAGAGAAGCUCUAGAGAUUUAUCCAAGCAUGUUAAAGUUGUCUGUGAUGGAACAGAUCUCACCCCAAAGAUUCAGGAACUGAAGUUCCAGUGUAUAGUAUUUUUAAAUAUACCCAGAUAUUGUGCUGGCACAAUGCCUUGGGGGAACCCAGGAGAUCACCAUGACUUUGAACCUCAGCGUCAUGAUGAUGGUUAUAUUGAAGUCAUUGGAUUCACCAUGGCCUCUUUGGCUGCCCUGCAAGUCGGGGGCCACGGAGAAAGGCUGCACCAGUGUCGGGAGGUCAUGCUGCUAACUUACAAAUCCAUCCCCAUGCAAGUGGAUGGGGAGCCCUGUAGGUUGGCCCCGGCUAUGAUUCGGAUCUCGCUGAGGAAUCAGGCCAACAUGGUACAGAAGAGCAAGAGGAGGACGUCCAUGCCUUUACUCAAUGAUAUCCAUCAGGUGCAAGCUGCGGACCUGCGGAGAGUGUCUGCCCCCCCAGGCUCCUUCACCAUUCCCCAGUCUGUCCCAGACCGUCUGAGGAUCCGGGUGAACAAAAUCAGUUUACAAGACUAUGAAGGAUUCCACUAUGACAAAGAGAAACUCCGGGAAGCUUCCAUCCCUCUGGGUAUUCUAGUUGUGCGUGGAGACUGUGAUUUGGAGACUUGCCGUAUGUACAUAGAUCGCCUGCAGGAGGACCUGCAGUCAGUUUCUUCUGGCUUCCAGAGAGUUCAUUACCAGGACCACGAAACCUCCUUCCCCAGGGCGCUCUCAGCUCAGAGACUCUCCCCACGGUGGUGCUUUCUAGAUGCUACUUCUGCUGAUCGCUUUUAUCGAAUAGACAGAUCUCAGGAACAUUUGCACUUUGUGAUGGAGAUUUCUCAAGAUGAGAUUUUUAUUCUGGACCCAGAUAUGGUGUUGUCACAGCAGGCAGGGACACCCCCAGGAAUGCCUGAUCUGGUGGUGGAGCAAGCCUCAGGAAUGACAGACUGGUGGAAUCCUGCCCUCCGGAAACGCAUGCUGAGUGACAGCGGGCUGGGAAUGAUAACUCCAUUUUACGAAGACUCAGAUCUGAAAGAUUUCAGCCACUCCCGAGUGCUACAGUCACCAGUCUCUUCAGAAGAUCACGCAAUUUUGCAGGCAGUAAUAGCUGGUGAUCUUAUGAAGCUAAUAGAAAGCUAUAAAAAUGGAGGCAGCCUGCUAAUUCAGGGACCAGACCACUGUUCACUCCUUCACUACGCAGCUAAAACCGGCAACGGGGAGAUUGUGAAAUAUAUCCUUGACCACGGACCUUCUGAGUUAUUGGAUAUGGCAGACAGUGAAACGGGUGAGACCGCACUGCACAAGGCAGCUUGCCAGCGGAACCGGGCUGUGUGCCAGCUUCUGGUGGACGCGGGAGCAUCUCUGAGAAAAACGGACUCCAAGGGUAAGACACCUCAAGAGAGAGCACAGCAGGCCGGGGACCCGGAUUUGGCAGCCUACCUAGAAAGCCGCCAGAACUAUAAGAUCAUUGGCCAUGAGGACCUGGAAACUGCUGUUUGACCCUGGUAGACAGGCUGAGAGAAUCUGAAUAAGCAUAUCACCUGUGCCCUUCUGGUGAUUGGGCAGCUCCCCUGGAAGAAGCUGAUGGAAUCCAUAAAUCUGUCUCUCUCCUGCAAGAAUCUAUCUGAGACCAUGCCACCAGUUUUAAGGGCUACCAAGAUGUACACCAGAACAUGAUAGCCCACUGAGGACGAGGCAGGAUACCUGGAGAUUUGUGGAAUACAGAUUCCACAAAAUUCGAUCCUUAUUGCUUCCAGCAAGUAGCAUGAACUUCUGUGUUCACCUGUAUAAUUUAUUUUAAAGAUUCAAGGAUGUUUGUAUAAAUGGCACUGCUCCCUCCGCCCCCUAUGCGUUCACCUUUCCCCUGUACCACACAAUUCCACUGUAAUGACCCAUCAAUUUAAAAAAUAUGAUAUGAUCUGUUCUCUUUACAUUCAGCCUUUGGAGACCAGAAGACUCUGAAGGUCUUUUCAAACCCUCUGGCUGUCCCGCAAAAAUAUAACUGUCAGACCGCUUCCAUUUCCAAGACUAAAUAUACCGAGACGACUUAGUGACCUUUUGCAUGUCUCCUCUCCCUCCUUAAUCCCUUUUCGUUAUACAGGAGCUGGGGAGUGCCACAAAGAUAAUGUCAGCUUGUGUGCAAUAUCUCUGAGGUGUGGCAAGGUGGCAUGGGAGUUGUCUGGGCUCAAAGGUACCUCAGAGAGGGGACCCAGGGGUCAGCCCAGGUGGCAGGGCUGUUGCCGAUAGCCGCGGAGGACCGGUUCAGCUUGGGCUGUUGGUCCAGCUCCAUACUGCCUACGUGUAGCCAUCUUUGCCUUUUGCUGCAAUGGAGAUGAGCAAUGGAUUCAACAAAGGCCCACAGCUGGUUUGCAGAACCACUCAAUUUUAAGUGCUGCUGAAAUUGCAGAGCAGAAAACCAUGUGUGGGAACUGUGGUUACAGGAAAUGGCGCACUACGACAGCGUUUACUUUUAGGCUUUUUUGACAUAAUAGAAAGCAGGCUAAUCGACUGGAAAUAAAACAGCAAAAGCAAAAGUAGCAACAUAUGUCAAAGUAACUCACUUAAGCAAGAAAACAGUCGCUGGAAUGUUGCACAGAGGCUAAAAGAUUCAGGUACAGUGGUGAGAGGGGGCCCAUUUUAGGUUUUCCUUCUAAGGUUUUGGUUUUCAUUACCCCAAGUAAGCCUUGUCCCAAGGACAAAGCCUCGUUUUACGAGCUCCACUGCCAGGUUUCCGAGAUGCCUGCAUCUUUCUGAUGGCUGCCCCCCCUGCUACUUGCCAGGUUCCAAGGUCAUACCUGAUAGCACUACAGCCCCAUUUUUCAUGUACAGGUUGGUCAAAUAUAUUCUUUUUUCUGUUUCCCCUACCAGAAUGUUCUUAGUGCAGACUACUGUAGGAGUCUAGCCAGGAACAUCUUGCUGGCAGUAGAAUUACAGCUUCUAAUCCUGCCACGGAUCAUUGGUACUUACAGGCACCUCUAUUAAGGACUCUAUGAUAACUAAAGUAUCAGGAGAAAAAGUCUUCUUUCACUGAAAAUAUCUACUUGACUUGGGUAUAAGGCAAAAGUGAAAGUGGGUGACCUUUUUGCUUUAAACUAAACCGAUGUCUUCUGAGCUUUCUUCCAUGUAGUUCUUAGACAUAAACAAAGUGUUUCCCUAGUGUUUCUGCAUGUAAACAUAAAUGACUGUCUCUCUACAUUUAAUUUAAAGCUCCAGUGGUGAUGCCUUGCUUAUCUGAACCACUUUUGGUCACGUAUCAUCAUUUUGAAAGUACAAAGAUGAUAUAUAAGGUAUUAGGUUGGAAAAGCCUCUCAGUGGAUGGGGACUAAGUCUGUCCUUAGUUGUUUCAAAAUCAAAUUGUUGGCAUUAUUUCCAGCUGUGGGAGAAUGGGUUGGUUGUGAGUAAUCUAUUUCCAUACAUCAGUCUUAGAAAUGGAGCUAUGUUUUGGGUUUUCUGGUGAAGGCAAAAGGGACUGGAGUAGAUUAUUUCCAGAAGCUAGGAGAAAAAAAAAGCUCCAGGAGAAUUUGAUCACUGGGCUUCUGCUGGGAGUUUUCCAGUUGGUGGGACUGUCAAGGAGAUGUUGUGAUGACAGAAAUAUAAUCCUCAUGGCAGACUGGCAUCUGGCUUUGAAUGGUGCCUUCCGUUCCCUACAUUGAGCCAAGCAUUUGGCUGUGCAGCCAGUUACCAGCUGCCAUUGCUGGGAUGAAGGACUCUGCUUUCAGCAACUACCAUCUCAUGUUUCUCUGUGAUGCCUCAAAGCGGCCCAGAGAAAAUUGAGGGUACAGGUGGCUAUGGGCCAAUUCAAAUAGCUCCAACUGAAGUCACACGUAAAUCCUUGAUAUGGAAAUAGAUGAGGUAGUGACUACUGUAGGGGUCCUGGUGCAUUUGGAAAUUGUUCCAAAGCAGAAAAAGAAAGACAAUGUCCUACAUUAUUGAUGGGGAAUGACAUAGGACCAAGGCAAAUAUCUCUGAAAAAGCAAACACCUAGAGAACUUAGGUUUUACAAAAAAAAAAAAACAAAAAAGCAUGAAAAAUGAUCAGAACAGUGACCUAUUUAAUGGCUUCAACAUUAAAUCUACCUCCUGUAGCUUUUUUAAAAAAUUGGCCACUGCAUGUGACAGUCCUGGGCUUUAGAAAGAGCAAAGAACAUGUGCUCAGGAGUUUCCAACGCAGCUUAGGGUAGGUAGUAGCCCCUCUAAUGGGCCAUCUGGAAGUACAGAAGCAAUAGUCUGGCCCUGGUCUGAAAAUCCACAUUACUUCAAAAGACAUAAAACUAUAUACCUAUAGAAAUACAAUUUCCUACAAAACCAACUGAGAUGGUACUGCCAAGAGUAGCUAGCUUAGCUGCCAUUCCUCUGUGUUUGGCUCAGAAGAGCCUUUCCUGUCGUGGUACUGUCUGCUCUGGGAUUCCAUUUUUAGAUUAGACUUAUAGAGGCAUGAGAAAUGGAGAGUUAUUAAAAGCGAACAUUAUAUAACCUUAAAGGUAGUCAUUUGUGAAGCCUUAUAUUCCAGUAUUACACAUUUAAUGAAAAAGAACCCAGUUGAGCUCUGCUUUAUCACAUUCAAGGACUUGAUAAAGAACAGAAGCCAAGAAUGAAAUAAACACCACAGCCGGGAAUUUCACUUGGAGAGUUUUGGUUACCUCUAUAGAGGUUAUGACCUAAAAUGAAUGCAAUUUCUGAAACAGAGAAUUUAGCUGGCAAGUACACAGCCGUGAAACUAGUGACAGCUGCUGGAAAGCCUCACAUUACCUGUUGUUCCCCAUCCUUCCGUCCUAGCUGGCCUUAGUGCAUAGGCAGAUCCGUUUGCAUUGAGAGAUACUCAACAAGUAGGUAGUUUUCAUUUAGACCUAGUAACAGUUUCUUUGCCUAAAGGAUUUCUGGAAUUUAUUGACUAGACUCCUCACAAUAUCCAUGUCUUAGAAAAUGUGGGCGCAGCAGUUUUAUUUUUUUACAUGCCAAUUUUAUUUUAACUGCUUAGAUUUUUAAAUUAUAAAAGUAGAACGUGCUUUUUAUAAGAAGUUCU